CAAUCAAACUAUUACUUAUCACUUCUUCAUAGCCAAAAGAAUGCAAUGGUGUAAAGAUUCCAGUUGAUGCCAGUAAACCUAAUCCAAAUGAUGUGGAGUUUGAUAAUCUGUAUUUGGAUAUGAAUGGAAUCAUCCAUCCUUGUACUCAUCCUGAAGACAAACCAGCACCAAAAAAUGAAGAUGAAAUGAUGGUUGCAAUUUUUGAGUACAUUGACAGACUUUUCAAUAUCGUAAGACCAAGAAGACUUCUCUACAUGGCAAUAGAUGGAGUGGCACCACGUGCCAAAAUGAACCAACAGCGUUCAAGGAGGUUUAGAGCAUCAAAGGAAGGAAUGGAAGCAGCAGUUGAGAAGCAGCGAGUCAGAGAAGAAAUACUUGCAAAAGGUGGCUUUCUUCCUCCAGAAGAAAUAAAAGAAAGAUUUGACAGCAACUGUAUUACACCAGGAACUGAGUUCAUGGACAAUCUUGCUAAAUGCCUUCGCUAUUACAUAGCUGAUCGUUUAAAUAAUGACCCUGGGUGGAAAAAUUUGACAGUUAUAUUAUCUGAUGCUAGUGCACCUGGUGAAGGAGAACACAAAAUCAUGGAUUAUAUUAGAAGACAAAGAGCCCAGCCUAACCAUGACCCAAAUACUCAUCAUUGUUUAUGUGGAGCUGAUGCUGAUCUCAUUAUGCUUGGUCUUGCUACACAUGAACCUAACUUCACCAUAAUCAGAGAAGAAUUCAAACCAAACAAACCCAAACCAUGUGCUCUUUGUAAUCAGUUUGGACAUGAGGUUAAGGAUUGUGAAGGUUUGCCAAGAGAAAAGAAGGGAAAGCAUGAUGAACUUGCAGAUAGUCUUCCUUGUGCAGAAGGGGAGUUUAUCUUCAUUCGGCUGAAUGUCCUUCGAGAGUAUCUGGAAAGAGAACUCACCAUGGCCAGCUUACCAUUCCCAUUUGAUGUGGAGAGGAGCAUUGAUGACUGGGUGUUCAUGUGCUUCUUUGUGGGGAAUGAUUUCCUUCCUCACUUGCCGUCAUUAGAGAUUAGGGAAGGUGCAAUUGAUCGUUUGGUUAACAUAUACAAAAACGUGGUACACAAAACUGGGGGUUACCUUACAGAAAGUGGUUAUGUCAAUCUGCAAAGAGUACAGAUGAUCAUGUUAGCAGUUGGUGAAGUUGAGGAUAGCAUUUUUAAAAAGAGAAAAGAUGAUGAGGACAGUUUUAGAAGACGACAGAAAGAAAAAAGAAAGAGGAUGAAGAGAGAUCAACCAGCUUUUACUCCUAGUGGAAUAUUAACACCUCAUGCCUUGGGUUCAAGAAAUUCACCAGGUUGUCAUGUAGCCAGUAAUCCAAGACAAGCGGCCUAUGAAAUGAGGAUGCAUAGUAACUCUAGUCCCUCAAUAUCUCCUAAUACAAGUUUUGCAUCUGAUGGCUCCCCAUCUCCAGGAAUUAAGAGAAAAGCAGAAGACAGUGACAGUGAACCAGAGCCAGAGGAUAACGUCAGGUUAUGGGAAGCUGGUUGGAAGCAACGAUACUAUAAGAACAAGUUUGAUGUAGAUGCAGCUGAUGAGAAAUUCCGACGUAAGGUGGUUCAGUCCUAUGUUGAAGGACUGUGCUGGGUUCUUCGAUAUUAUUACCAGGGCUGUGCUUCCUGGAAAUGGUAUUAUCCAUUCCAUUAUGCACCAUUUGCCUCAGACUUUGAAGGUAUUGCAGACAUGUCUUCAGAAUUUGAGAAGGGCACAAAACCGUUUAAACCACUGGAACAACUCAUGGGGGUUUUUCCAGCUGCAAGUGGUAACUUUCUACCUCCAUCAUGGCGGAAAAUUGAACAAGAGUCCUAUCAUGUUUUUGGUUUUGAUUCUUUUGCUUUCUCCCCGAAACAGGAUUCUAGUAUAAUUGACUUCUAUCCUGAAGAUUUUGCUAUCGAUUUAAAUGGGAAGAAAUAUGCAUGGCAAGGUGUUGCUCUGUUGCCAUUUGUGGAUGAACGAAGGCUGCGGGCUGCCCUAGAAGAGGUGUACCCAGACCUCACUCCAGAAGAGAACAGGAGAAAUAGUCUUGGAGGUGAUGUUAUGUUUGUGGGAAAACUUCACCCACUACAUGACUUCAUUUUAGAGCUGUAUCAGACAGGUUCCACAGAGCCAAUAGAUGUGCCACCUGAAUUGUGUCAUGGGAUUCAAGGAAAGUUUUCUUUGGAUGAAGAAGCCAUUCUUCCAGAUCAAACAGUAUGUUCCCCUGUGCCCAUGUUACGGGACCUGACACAGAACACUGCAGUCAGUAUUAAUUUUAAAGAUCCACAAUUUGCUGAAGAUUAUGUUUUUAAAGCUGUAAUGCUUCCAGGAGCAAGGAAGCCAGCAGCAGUUCUGAAACCUGGUGAUUGGGAAAAAUCCAGCAAUGGGAGGCAGUGGAAACCCCAGCUUGGCUUUAAUCGGGACCGGCGGCCUGUUCACCUGGACCAGGCAGCCUUUAGAACUUUAGGCCAUGUUAUGCCAAGAGGCUCGGGGACUGGUGUUUACAGCAACACUGCACCACCACCUGCAACUUACCAGGGGAGCUUAUACAGGCCACUGUUGAGAGGGCAAACUCAGAUUCCAAAACUUAUGUCAAAUAUGCGGCCCCAAGAUUCCUGGCGAGGGCCUCCUCCUCUUUUCCAGCAGCAGAGAUUUGACAGAAGUGUUGGAGCUGAACCUCUACUGCCAUGGAACCGGAUGCUCCAAACCCAAAAUGCAGCCUUUCAGCCAAACCAGUACCAGAUGCUGGCUGGGCCUGGAGGAUAUCCACCCAGACGUGAUGAUCGCGGAGGGAGACAGGGUUAUCCCAGAGAAGGAAGGAAAUACCCUUUGCCACCACCUUCAGGAAGAUACAGUUGGAAUUAAGCUUUUGUAAAGCUUUCCCAAAUCCUUUCACCAUUAUAUACUUUUAUGCUAUUUGUGGAAAGGAGAUUUCUUUCUCAAGUAGUAGGUUUUAAUAAAACUACAGUACUUUGUGUAUUUCUUUUAACUGUGUGUAUAUUUUUGCUGAUCUGAUCUCACUGUUUUAUGUUGCUUUCCAGAGAUGUGUGGUGCAUAAUACAGUGGGUCUGAAUUUAUUAUUGCUUGUAAACACAUUUGAUGAAAUUAGGAGUCCUGGGUUUUUAUUAUGGUUAAAAUUCAAGCCAGCUCUAAGCUGAUUUUGAUGCACAUGAAUAAUUAGGUAUGGACAUUUGAACUGUACAUUCAGCAUACUAGAGCAUAUGUUGCUCAGCAUUUCUUUGGAAACAUUUCAUUAAAGUACUUGUCUUACAGAAAUUUGUGGACUUUAGUAAAAAAAUAAAAUAAAAAUAAAGCUAAACUUUAAAAGCUCUA